AUGGCGUGCUGCGCGGCGGUGGUGGCGGUGGUGCUGGCGGCCGCGGUGGCGGGGGCGCCGGUGGAGGGGCUCGGGGUGAACUGGGGCACCAUGGCCACGCGCCGGCUGCCGCCCAAGGUGAUGGCCCAGCUGCUCAAGGACAACGGGUUCAAGAAGGUGAAGAUCUUCGACGCCGACGAGACCACCAUGAUGGGGCUCGCCGGGACCGGCAUCGAGACCAUGAUCGCCGUGCCCAACGACAUGCUCGCCGCCGUGGCCGCCGACUACCGCCGGGCCAAGGAAUGGGUCAAGGUGAACGUCACCAAGUACGACUACCACGGGGGCGUCAACAUCAAAUUCGUGGCGAUCGGGAACGAGCCGUUCCUCACGGCGUACAACGGCACCUACGACAACGUCACCGUGCCGGCGCUCAAGAACAUCCAGCGCGCGCUCGACGAGGCCGGUCACGGGGCGGCCAUCAAGGCCACGGUCCCGGUGAACGCCGACGUCUACGACUCUCCGGCCAGCAACCCCGUCCCGUCGGCGGGGAAGUUCCGGGACGACGUCGCCGCCGUCAUCACCGACAUGGUCGGCUUCCUCAACCACAGCGGCGCGCCCUUCAGCGUCAACAUCUACCCGUUCCUCAGCCUCUACGGCAACGACAACUUCCCCAUCGACUACGCCUUCUUCGACGGCGCGCCUCCCACGCCCGUCAUCGACAACGGCAUCAACUACACCAACGUGUUCGACGCCAACUUCGACACGCUCGUCUCCGCGCUCGACAAGAUCGGCUUCGGGAGCCUGCCGGUGGUGAUCGGCGAGGUCGGCUGGCCGACGGACGGCGACAAGCACGCCACCGUGCCCUACGCGGAGAGGUUCUACACCGGGCUGCUCAAGCGGCUGGCGGCGCGGCAGGGCACGCCCCUACGACCGCACGCCCGCAUCGAGGUCUACCUCUUCGGGCUCAUGGACGAGGACGCCAAGAGCGUCGCCCCGGGCAACUUCGAGCGGCACUGGGGCAUCUUCACGUUCGACGGCCGCCCAAAGUUCCCGCUGGACCUCCGUGGCAACGGGCGGCCGGUCAUGCCGGCGGGGGCUAGGGGCGUGCAGUACCUGCCGCGGCGGUGGUGCGUGCUGAGCCCCAACGCCACCAACACGACGGCGGUCGCGGAGAACGUGGCCUACGCGUGCUCGCGCGCCGACUGCACGCCCCUCGGCUACGCCUGCAGCUGCGGCGCGCUGGACGCCGCCGGGAACGCCUCCUACGCGUUCAACGCCUACUACCAGGCGCAGGGGCAGGUGCCAUUGGCGUGCGACUUCCAGGGCCUCGCCCUCGUCACCGACAAGGACGUGUCACGGCCACCCUGCAACUUCACCGUACAGGUAGUCGCCGAGUCGCGCGCCACGGCGGUCACCACCAACACAACCGCCGCCGAGUCUAUGGCCCCCGACGCAGCCGCGGCGCGGCUGACCGCCGCCGUGAUGGCUUUGUUACUUGUGCUCGUCUCGGCAUAAGGGCAAGGAAUAAGUGUUCGUAGGCCUGUAGAUAUAUAUAUGUGGCAGUCUGGAAAAUGAUGUACGAAUCUCUUUUCUUAUUUUUGAAACUAAACUAAACUAGCAGGGUUGCGAGGGCAUCAUCUGUAAAGUCUUCGGAGUAAUUCAGAAAUAUAUUUUUGAUUUUUAAGA